GCGGUCUGAGCGACUCCUUCACCGGGCUGCGCUGUUCCAUCGACAACGACCACAUUGUCUGGCCGAGACAGCAUUCUUACGACCUCUCGACGUUUCUCCGAUUGCCUCAAACGAAAACACUCUCUUAAACGACAAUCUCCUUUGUGCAUGAGCGGAUCCUAUUAAGCCGUCGGUAGGCUCUCUACGGAGCGUACGCUCAACACUUCCUGCGGCCUGGAACUGAAGAAACUGGUCUCCCACCGGUUGCUUCGUUCCUCUGCGACAGCACCUCUCCAUCAUGCCGUCCUUCUACCCGCGACACAACAUGCCCCGGCAGCUGCCUCUCACGCCGCCCGAGUUCGUGCCAAACUAUCACUCGGGAUGCGGAGGCAUGCCCUACCAGCAGCCCGCCUAUUCCGGCCAGCCGGGCAUUCGACAACAGGAUGAUGGCUACGACUUCGCAGACCGCUACGGCCAGCUCUCCAUUGCGAUGCCGCCUAUGUAUCCGCAAGCGGGUACCUAUCUGAGCAACACAGCGCCGAGCCUUCCGCCGCCGAGCUCCUUCUACGAGCCUGUCGGUGCGCCCAUUCUUCCGCCCAUGCGUAUGCAGAGCGGUCACUCGAUGGCAGAGGCCAGCCUACAACAGCAGCGCGCACAAGAGCUCAAUCAGCGUGCGACACAGCAGGCCAAAGACGAGAAGCCCGUUGGCGGCGUGUCCGCCAAGUUGGACUACGACAUGGACGUCAUGACCGACUUCGUUUGCGAGAUGGCGCUGCAACUCAUCACCCCCGGUCGGAUGAUGCCUCCGUCGUUCCGGAAAUGGGUUCACCAAGUGCUGUGCGCGACAAGACUGCCAUCGGCGACCAUCCUGCUGAGCAUGUUCUACCUCUCGACCCGCAUGCCGAUGCUGGCUGGAGUAUCCAAGAUCGACAGCCACCUAUUCCGCCUCCUCACCAUCGCGCUGGUGCUGGGUAGCAAAUUUUUGGAUGACAACACCUUCAUCAACCGAUCCUGGUCAGAGGUUAGCGGGAUCCCCGUCGCAGACCUAAACCAGUUGGAGAUGGAGUGGCUUGUGGCUAUCGAGUUCAAGCUCCACCGCGAUCCGACUGAACAGCAAGGCUGGAUCUCUUGGUCCGACCACUGGAAGGACUACCAGAGCCAUGCCACUGCGCGUGCGAACCGGUCCAGCAAGCUGAGCCCUAUCGAUACUUCGGUACAGCGACAACGUUCUAUUAACCAGAACAAGCCUCUCCCGCCAUUGCCGAUGCAACAGAGCUUCAAUUCGCCACCAUACGAGUUCACCCCGAAGUCAGCGCAGACAUCGUACAGCGCCGCGCCCAGCUUCUCCCAGUACGACCCAUGGCGAUCAGCGAAUGACCACUCGCCUGCGUCUGCUCCGACCACAGGACCCACUACUCCAGAAUACUAUGGUCCCACGGGAACUUGGGCUCCGGAGGGCUACUCACGUCGCACCAUGUUCGGCUUCCCAUCCCUGUCUCAGCCCACUCCUCCCCCAACUCAGCAGCAACACCAUCCAUCCAAUUACGGCCCGCCAGCCUACUCUGCACCGUACCAGCCUCCAGUCUGGAACAACCACGGCUUUAACUGUGGUUGCACCUACUGUGCUCAGAGGCACCCGCCGUACUUCAUGGCCCCUGGCUUCGGCCCUCAGGCCGUUGCGGUCUAGGGUUUUGCUAGCCCCAUGCUGCCGGCGCUUGGUCGGCUCAAUGUCUGUUGAAUACUCUGCAGACGCCCUAGCCUGUACCACUGGUUAAGUGAGUGGCUUGAUUAUGGGCCUACCCGUGGUCCUACAGCCAUCAGCACUGCGAUACCAGAGCGCGUCGACGAUUUCGUCCCCCUUCACCUUACAUAUUCGACACCCGGUUCCAUCUCAGCGAUUCACCUUUCCAAAAGUUAUUGUUUCUUCCUCCGGUCUCCUGGCUUGCUGCAUUCCAUUCAUGCGUAGACCUGCAUCGGUCGCUGGAUGGGCCUAUCUAUCGAUCAUUCCUUGCUCGGACGUAAGCUUUCAACGACUUUCAACGAGCCGAUCUGGAUCGUCCACUCUGUCGAGGCGCACCUCCGUUCUCUUUCUUCCUGUCGCUAUCUGUGACGCAUAUCGGCGCCACUC